GCUCUUUUUCCGAAUCCUAACCUCUUAAAGAGUCUGUUAUCUUAUCCUGUUCUGGUACUGCUAACUGGUAUUUAGCCGCUUCUAUACUUCUCGAACCCGGAGUAAAAGUAAACAGGUUACCAGCAUGGACCGUCCUCCUUCCAGGCCGGCUGAUACGUUCGUCAUGCAAAUGGGUUUAAGAUCCUUUGCCCAGUUUGUAUUCUAUCCUUUUGAAUUAGGAAGAACUUUGAUUCAGCUUGGCUAUGAACCUAUUGCACCAUGGCCAGGGAAAACGUGGAGUGGUCAGACUAAAAUGAUGCUGCCGAACAUUUUUCAAUAUGUGGGUUUCAUGAAAGCAAGGGACGGCACAAAUGUCAUUUAUAGUGGAGUCAAAGUUCGCAUUUUUGAACAUAUUGUUGGUCAGUGUGCGUAUUACCUGGCCACGGAUUCGCUACCAACCUCUGAUAUUGAAAUGAAAAUUGAUGAAGGAAAGGAAAAUGUCACUGAGGAAGAAAGGAGGCAGUGGUAUUUAGAUGAGUUUGUAAAGGCUGCCACUGGGAGAACAUGUGCUGUGAUUUUUAGUCAUCCAUUCCAUGUAUGUGCUGUCAGGUGUAUGGCACAAUUUAUUGGCCAGGAAACAAAAUAUGUUGGUAUAUUUGGUUCAAUUCGAGAACUGUACCGAGAAAAUGGCGUUUCUGGCUUCUUUAGUGGCCUGGUUCCACGUCUCUUGGCUGAAAUUUGUCAGUUGGCCAUUUGGCACUCUCUCACUUUUGCUCUUACUACUUAUGUUUCUCGUGAAAAGGAACAUCGUGAUAUUUUUUCCACAUUGAUGGGCUUUGUUGCAUCCACCUGCACAUAUCCCCUAUUAGUUGUGUCUAACUGCAUGUGUGUCUCAGGAGUUGGACUUGCUGCAGGACAACCACCCAACAUGAGGGUUUAUUCAUCCUGGAUUGAUUGUUGGAAGCACCUAGCCGCAGAGGACCAGUUGUGGCGAGGCUCUAGCAUUUUGCUGUGGCGUUAUGACACUCGUCGUCUGAAAUAAAAUAACUCAUUUCAUUUCUUCUUCAUGCAAUAAUUUCAGCUGCCUGUAUGCUUUACUCAAGUCUGACUGUUUUACUCAGGAAAUAUCGCAUUUUUAAAUUUUUAAACCCCGGUUUGUUUGCAAGGUCUCGUUACAUUAAUCAAUAUCUGUUGUAAGUUGUUUUCUUCUUGACUUACUGACCUACCUGUUCAAUUAAUUUUGCUGCAUCUGUAAGAAAAAAGCUAUCCUUCUGUGUUGAACUUAUCAUAACUAUUGAAUUGUUGUAGAAACAGUAUGUGUUGUAUGAAUGUUAAUCCAAGCACAUGUCAGUGCUGUUGUUGAUUUGAGGGAGGCGUUCUAUAAUUUUAUUUCAUAAUUGUAUGUCCUCUCUUGUUUUGUUUUCCAAUAAAUAGUCUAAAAAAAUUGUAACAA